CGGCUGCUGGAGGAGGAUGAUGGAGGACCGGAGUCUGUCUGCCUGCCAGCCGGGGAUGAUUUAUUUCAUCGACGGCCAAUAAACAGCCGUAAUAUUCCUGUAAUAUCCCUGCAGGGAACCACAGGGUCCGUGCUGCUCCACAGUUCCUGUGUCUCUUCUGAGACCGGGUCUAGUUGUCCUGCAUGGCCUCAGUGGCUGCAGGGUUCUGGGGUUCAGCCACCUGCUGCUCUCACUCCAAACUCUCCAGAACCAGCAGCCUGAAACUGGGCCGAGGCCGUUCGCCGUCGUCCAUGUUGUCCGGCCGGAGGUGUUCAGGAGUGUCCGGUCUCGGGGGUGGAGCCGUGUCCCUGGGGCCCGUAGUGGCAGAGGUGGCGGUGGAGACGGGUAGUGGUGGCGGCGGCGGCGGCAGGUCAGGGGCCGGAGAGGCCAGCAGGGAGCUGUUUGAGGCCUGUCGCAGCGGGGACCUGGAGAGAGUUCGUAAAAUGGUGAUGGCCGAGAACGUGAACAGUCGGGACACGGCGGGGAGGAAGUCCACGCCACUGCACUUCGCUGCAGGUUUUGGUCGUAAAGACGUGGUGGACUUCCUCCUCCAGAACGGAGCCAAUGUCCACGCCAGGGACGACGGAGGGCUGAUUUCCCUCCACAACGCCUGCUCCUUCGGCCACGCUGAGGUGGUGAGUUUGUUGCUUCAUCACGGCGCGGACGCAAACGCCAGAGACAACUGGAACUACACUCCGCUUCAUGAGGCAGCCAUCAAGGGCAAGAUCGACGUGUGUAUAGUGUUGCUGCAGCACGGAGCCGAGCCGACCAUCAGGAACACAGACGGUCGAACUGCUCUGGAUCUGGCAGAACUCUCCACCAAAGCAGUGCUGACAGGUGAAUACAGAAAAGAUGAGCUUCUGGAGAGCGCCAGGAGCGGGAACGAGGAGAAGCUGAUGGCUCUGCUGACGCCGCUCAAUGUCAACUGUCACGCCAGUGAUGGACGAAAGUCGACGCCCUUGCACCUGGCGGCCGGAUACAACCGGGUCAAGACCGUCCAGCUGUUACUGCAGCACGGCGCUGACGUGCACGCCAAGGACAAGGGGGACCUGGUUCCUCUUCAUAACGCCUGUUCAUACGGUCACUAUGAGGUCACUGAGCUGCUGGUGAAGCACGGAGCCUGUGUUAACGCCAUGGACCUGUGGCAGUUCACUCCUCUACAUGAAGCCGCUUCCAAGAACCGAGUGGAGGUGUGUUCUCUCCUGCUGAGCUACGGAGCUGACCCCACCUUCCUGAACUGUCACAAUAAAAGCUCCAUUGACCUCGCCCCGACCUCUCAGCUGAAAGAGCGGCUCGCCUAUGAGUUCAGAGGUCACAGCCUGCUGGCGGCGGCCCGGGAGGCCGACGUGGUUCGAGUCAAGAAGCAUCUGAGCCUGGAGACCAUCAACUUCAAACACCCGCUCACUCAGGAGACGGCCCUGCAUUGUGUGUCUGCCUCUCCGUACACGAAGAGGAAACAAGUGUGUGAACUUCUGCUGAGGAAAGGAGCCAACGUCAACGAGAAAACGAAGGACCUGCUGACUCCUCUCCACCUGGCGUCAGAGAAAGGCCACAACGACGUCAUCGAGGUGUUGGUCAAACACGAAGCCAAGGUGAACGCGGUGGAUCACCUGGGUCAGACGGCGCUGCACCGGGCCGCUCACUGCGGACACCUGCAGACCUGCAGGCUGCUGCUGAACGCCGGCGGUGACCCGCUGCUCACGUCGCUGCAGGGCCUCUCUCCCUCACAGCUGGGCAACAAGAGCGUGCAGGAGAUACUGCAAGCAGAGGGAGUUCUCAUCGGGAACUCGGAGGUCGACCGUCAGCUGCUGGAAGCCUCCAAAACUGGAGACCUGGAAGCUGUCAAGAAGCUCUGUACGGUGCAGAAUGUGAACUGCAGGGACGUGGAGGGUCGACAGUCGACGCCGCUGCAUUUCGCCGCCGGCUACAACCGUCUGGCUGUUGUCCAGUUCCUGCUGCAGCACGGAGCCGACGUGCACGCCAAGGAUAAAGGAGGUCUGGUCCCGCUCCAUAACGCCUGCUCGUACGGUCACUAUGAGGUGGCGGAGCUGCUGGUUCUUCACGGAGCCGUGGUCAACGUGGCCGACCUCUGGAAGUUCACUCCGCUGCACGAAGCCGCCGCCAAGGGCAAAUACGACAUCUGUAAACUCCUGCUGCAGCAUGGCGCCAACCCGACCCGAAAGAACCGGGACGGUAACACCCCCCUGGACCUGGUGAAGGACGCCGACACGGACAUCCAGGAUCUGCUGCGGGGCGACGCCGCCCUGCUGGACGCCGCCAAGAAGGGCUGCCUGGCUCGAGUGAAGAAACUCUGCACACACGACAACGUGAACUGUAGAGACACACAGGGGAGACACUCCACACCGCUGCACCUGGCUGCGGGCUACAAUAACCUGGAGGUGGCUGAGUACCUGCUGCAGCACGGAGCUGAGGUCAACUCUCAGGACAAAGGAGGACUGAUUCCUCUGCACAACGCUGCCUCCUACGGGCACGUGGACGUGGCGGCUCUCCUCAUCAAGUAUGACGCCUGCGUCAACGCCACCGACAAGUGGGCGUUCACGCCGCUGCACGAGGCCUCUCAGAAGGGCCGGACGCAGCUGUGUGCGCUCCUACUGGCUCACGGUGCUGACCCCACCCUCCGGAACCAGGAGGGCCAGUCUCCUCUGGACCUGGUCACGGCUGAUGAUGUCAGGGCCUUGCUGACAGCGGCGAUGCCUCCCUCUGCUCUCCCUGGUUGUUAUAAACCUCAGGUCAUCAGCGUGGCGGCUGCAGCGUCAGCCUCUGGUUCUCCACCCAUUGCUGUCGUCCCGCCACUUCUCUCCUCUUCCUCCCCCUCCACCUCUUCCUCAUCCUCUUGCCCUGCCCCUCCUGUCCUCCUCCUCCCCUCUUCCUCUUCCUCCUCUUCCUCUUCUGGUCUGGACGCCACCACAUCAGCUAAGACAGGCGGCAGCAGCACCACCACCGAUGCUCCUGCUGCUUCAAAGUCCUCAUCUUCGCCGCCGCCAGCGUCUUCAUCAUCCUCAGUGUCUCCUGAGUUUUCACUGCUGUCAGCCGGCGAGGGAUCAGUGAGCGCUGAGAACAAAGAGCAAGUUCCAGGGGUUGAGCUCAGUAUCCGUCAGUUCCUGAAGAACCUGGGUCUGGAGCAUCUUCUGGAGAUCUUUGACAGAGAGCAGAUCACUCUGGAUGUGCUGGUGGAGAUGGGUCACCGCGAGCUGAAGGAGAUCGGCAUCAACGCCUACGGACACAGACACAAGAUCAUCAAAGGAGUGGAGAGACUCAUCAGCGGGCCGCAGAGUCUGAACCCUUAUCUCACGUUGAACACAGCCAACAGUGGAACCAUCCUGAUCGACCUCGCAGUCGACGACAAGGAGUUUCAGUCUGUAGAGGAAGAGAUGCAGAGUACGAUCAGAGAGCACAGAGACGGCGGCCAUGCUGGAGGAGUGUUCAACAGAUACAACCUGGUCAAGAUCCAGAAGGUCUGCAACAAGAAGCUGUGGGAGCGGUACACCCACCGCAGGAAGGAGGUGUCCGAGGAGAACCACAACCACUCCAACGAGCGCAUGCUGUUCCACGGCUCCCCGUUCGUCAACGCCAUCAUCCACAAAGGGUUUGACGAGCGCCACGCCUACAUCGGCGGGAUGUUCGGUGCCGGUAUUUACUUUGCCGAGAACUCGUCGAAGAGUAACCAGUACGUACACGGGAUUGGAGGGGGGACGGGCUGCCCGCUGCACAAGGACCGCUCCUGCUACGUCUGCCACAGACACCUGUUGUUCUGCAGGGUGACUCUUGGUAAAUCCUUUCUGCAGUUCAGCGCCAUGAAGAUGGCUCACUCGCCGCCAGGUCACCACUCGGUGACCGGCAGGCCGAGCGUCAACGGCCUCGCCCUCGCCGAGUACGUCAUCUACAGAGGAGAGCAGGCCUAUCCAGAAUACCUGAUCACCUACGAGAUCAUGAGGCCGGACUCUCCUGCAGACGGAUGAAGGAGGAAAACAUGGAGCUCAUCUCAUCCCCUCUGCUGAGCCUCUGCUUCAUUAACUGCAUGCACGAAGAAAAAAAACUUUAUUUAUACAAUGUAUAAAACAUGUAGGUUUUUAUCAGAUGCCUGUUUUUUUUUCUAUUGUUUGUUUUAUGCACUUUAUUAACUAUGAGUUGUCUCAUGAUGUGACGUGAUGUGACUGUUGAUUUUUGUCCUUUUCUCACUCAAAAUGUUUCGUCCAGUGAUUUCAGGGUCCAGCUCGUUUAGAAAGGACGAGUCAGUUUCAUCACAUCAGUCGCACAAGGGUCGCCACCAAAAACAAAAACAAAAACAAAUGUAAGCCCCCAGAGGCCACAGACCUCCAAGGGCCCCAAACGCCCCACAGCAGUAUAAUGUCAACGACAACCGGUCCAUCUCAUCGUCCUCUAUAGUCUGUUAUUCAGUGAAUUAAAUGCGUCAUUAUUCCCUAAAGUUAACAUAUUCUUAUUGUUAUUUUUAUCUGACCAUCAGUCAAAACCCAGAAACUGUUGAGUUUAUUAUCACAGGUGCCAGUUAAUUUUCAGUCAAAUAAUCAGCCAACCAUCUCAGCUGCAGAUCACUGCUUGGUUUCUAUGUGUCUGGGGUAAAUAAUGAGACAGUGGGGUUAAAUAGGGGUCCAACAACAAAUUGUUUCCCUGGGGCCCCUCAGUCCAACCACAUUCUCAAUCCGUACAACAGCACGUAACGUUUAAACUGAUGAUGUUUUUUAAGCCUCUUUGAAAUAUAGCGCAGACGCCCUGAUGUUUUGAACUUGACUCAUCGUCCUCUCUCAAGGGCCAGCGCUUGCUCAGUCUCUCCUGACAAACAUUUCUGAAAACAAGUCUUAUGUGUUGCCUGGCAACGUCCUAACGAGGUGAAGUAUUGGUUUUAUUCUAUGAAGAUGUUUGUGUAUAAUUAUUUUUUUGUACGAGCAUGUAAGUUUAUUAAUAUUUAUAAUGUGAAGAAAAAAUGUCUCUUUGUUGGUUUUUGAGGCGUCUGAAGAACUGAUUUUCUCUGACCAGUUCACUUCCUGUUUCCUGUAUCAGCCUUAAUGAAAAUCAGUCUCUGAUUGGCUAGCAUUGUGAUGAUGAUCAGUCCAUGCUGCACCCAGACCGUGUCCACAUCACAGUCAAUAUCAAUCAGUAAUCAAUGUUUCAUAUCAGGUUGUUGACAUUAAAGGAGCUAAAUGUGAGUUUUGCUGUUGCUACAUGGUAAACGUUAGUAUUAACAGCUGUUUAUUUACCAGUCUAGUUCAUCAACAAACUUCAUUUCUUUACUCACCAACAACUGUCUCCAGAGGUGGAAAGCAUCCCUCUUGUUUUGUUAGCAUGCUAACCAGCUAGCCCCACUUUCUGAUACCGAGUCACUGUAGCAUCCAGUCUGCCCUGAACAAGUAGCUGCUCAGAAGAUGUAUUAUAACUUCUUGUCUUGUAAACACAACAAUGGCUAAAGCGCUCAGCAAAACUGGGAGGUUAACAGCUGUCAAUGCUAACAUUAGCUAUGUAGCUAUCGCAAAACUCUUAAUUAGGCUACCUUCAUCAAUGCUAAUGUGAAGUCAUUUCAUAGCCGCUACUAAGAACUGCUCCAACAACAGCUGAUCCCGGAUUUGACCUCAACCUUUAUAUAUAACUUUAGUUACUGACAAACGAUGAAAGAUAAACUUAAUGAAAAGGAAUCAGGUUUAGUAAAAUACUAACGAACACCAACCCUGCUGAUGUAUGCAGCAAUGCUGAUUUUUAAUUAUUGUAACUGUCAAUCUUGUCCACAUUUUCAGCCAUUUUUGUGAUAAAUCUUUACUUCUGCUUUCUGGUCCUGAGACGUGACAGUGACUCAGAGGUCUGGAACCAGGCUAACUCAAACCUGGGUAAAUCUAGGAUAAAAUGCGACAUUAAGUAGCAUCAGUUUUUCAAAAUAAUGCAUCUGCAUAUCAAGUAUAUCACCUAUGAAGUCAGGUUUUGGUGUUAUUAUCAGUUCCUGUCCUUCAAUACAAUCAUAUAGUGAUAAAGCUCAUACAGUUGAAUGAUAAGUUAAAUAUCUGUCUGAGUCUGGGAUCUUAAAAAUAAUAUUCAACCAUUACAUCAAUCACACAUUUAGAAGUUAAUUUGUCCAUAACGCUACAGAGAAGUCCAGUAUGGGUGCAGCUUGGUGUCUGAGACAAACCGGAUUUAAUCACCUGCCUUUAGUUUUCUUCAGUGGGACUGUUAAACCUACAGAGGAGGAAAAACAAAACCUGAAUGUCGUGUGUGUAAAUUUACUCUGACUGUUAUGCUGUUGUGAGUUCUCCUGUCGUCUGUGAUGUGACGUUAAUGGGCCCUAAUGCAUGGUACUGUGGUGCUGUCUGACUGUGUGGCUCGCAGCAAACUGCUGGCUCCUCGUUUUCGCCUGUUUUAGAGCAGAACCAGCAGCUGAAUGUGGAGAGUUUCAUUCCAAAAUGGGACCAUGAAUUAAAAAAAAAAAAAAAAGGUGCUAUAAGGUCUGAACUGUUCAUAUUUACAACCUUGAGCCUCUAUGAGAUAAAUGAAAAAUAAACUUCGCAUCAGGAUUUGUGGCGUUUUGCAAACAAAUUCGACGUUUCACAUGCGGAAAAGAGGAAAACAUCCAACACAUCCAGCAUUAGAUGUUAGUGAACAGGGUGUGUGGAGGGAAUGCAGCUUCUUCUUUCUAAAUGUACCCUGUGUUAAAUAUAUACACAAAGCUAUUGGUGGCUUCUAAUGUUCAAGAUGCAGCAGCGCGCUAACAGCUAGCUACCAGUGACACGCACAGUAAUAAAUCAUGGUUAAAAAGCUGUGGUGUGAUAUUCGAUUCAGGUGUGUGAAACAGUCACUCUCCUCCCCCUCCCUCUGGUUUUCCUCAGUGUCUCAGCAUCAGGAUGUCGGUGGAGGUUGGACUCUUCUUCCUGCACAGUGAUAGACACACAAAGAAAUAAAUGACUUCUUAAUGAC